AGCAAUCGUACGAACGGUCGCUGUAGCGCGCAUGCCGACCGAGCAUGCUGCUUGUUCGGCGGCUGCUUCUGCCGCGCGGCCACACGUCGCGCUGCUGGUCGCCGUUGCCAUGGACGCGCGGACGCCGGCACUGCCACGGACGCGCGUUUACCGAGAGGUACUCGCGCGGCGGUUCGAACCUCUUGGGCGCCGACUACGCGGACGCCUACCGGUCAGCGCUCGAGGAGCCCGAUGCCUUCUGGCCCGAGGUGGCCCGCAGGCUCGUCUGGGAGCGAAAGUGGAUGCGCGUCAUUGACGACCACCGAAGUCCUUUCACCAAGUGGUUUCCAGGUGGCGAGAUCAGCGUGUGCUACAACGCCGUCGACCGGCACGUGGAGGCUGGGCGAGGGGACAACGUGGCCAUUAUCUACGACAGCCCCGUGACCAACGUGGUGGCUAAGAUCACCUACAAGGAGCUCAAGGAAGAGGUGUCCCGCGUGGCGGGCGUUCUGAAGGGGUGGGGCAUCCGCAAGGGCGACCGCGUCAUCAUCUACAUGCCCAUGAUCCCGGAGACCAUCUACGCCAUGCUGGCCUGCUCGCGCAUCGGCGCCAUACACUCGCUCGUCUUCGGAGGGUUCGCCGCCAAGGAGCUCGCCGUGCGAAUCAACCACGCCAAGGCAGACGCCUGCCUGUCGGCCAACUUCGGCAUCGAACCGAAAAGGACGGUGCCGUACAAGACGAUCCUGGACGAAGCCAUCAAGAUAUCCGAGUACAAGCCCAAGAAGUGCCUCAUCUUCAUCCGCCCGGGACAGGACGACAUCCCCAUGACUUCGGGUCGGGACGAAGUGUGGACGGAAGCGGUGGACGAAGCGCAGCCUGCCGAAUGCGUCCCCAUCGAGGCCAUGGAACCCCUGUACAUCCUCUACACCUCCGGAACCACCGGUCUGCCCAAGGCUGUGGUCCGUCCAGCGGGCGGCCACGCGGUCAACCUGCUGUACACCCUGGAGAAGGUGUACGGAGUCAAGGACGACGACGUGUGGUGGGCCGCCUCGGACCUCGGCUGGGUGGUCGGGCACUCGUACAUCUGCUACGCGCCCCUGCUCAAGGGUGUCACCACCGUCCUGUACGAGGGCAAGCCCGUGGGCACUCCCGACGCGAGCAGCUUCUUCCGGGUGGUCAGCGAGUACGGCGUCUGCGGCAUGUUCACCGCGCCCACGGCCAUGAGGGUCAUCCGCAAGGAGGAUCCAGAAGGACAGCUGGGAAAGAAGUUUCCUGGAAAAAAGCUGCGGCACCUGUUCCUGGCCGGCGAGCGGUGCGACCAGGAGACACUCCGGUGGGCCGAGCAGGCGUUCGGCGUUCCCACGCUCGACAACUGGUGGCAGACCGAGACCGGUACGCCUGUGACUGCUACCUGUGUGGGACUAGGCAACACAACGCAGGUUCCAGAUGAAGCGACGGGCCUGCCAGUUCCAGGAUGGAACGUGAAGGUAUUGUUGGAGGACGGCUUGGAAGCGGCUCCCAACCAGCUGGGUAACGUGGCCAUAAGGUUGCCGAUGCCGCCAGGAGCCCUGUCGACAUUGUUCAGAGCAGACGACGUUUUCUAUGUCAAGUACUUCGAGAAAUAUCCGGGCUACUACGACACCAUGGACACCGGCAUGCUGCAUAAGAACGGCUACGUCAGCAUCUUUUCUAGGAGCGACGACGUCAUCAACGUCGCCGGACACCGCCUGUCAACGUCACAGAUUGAAGAGGCCAUCAUGAAGCACGACGGCGUCGCGGAGUGCGCGGUCAUCGGCGUUCCGGAUCCGAUCAAGGGAGAGGUCCCGCUCGCCCUCUUCGUUGUCAAAGAUGACAAGUCGGAGGCGCUGGAGCAGGUACGCCGAGAGGUCAUCGAACUGGUGCGCAGCGACGUGGGGCCCGUGGCCGCCUUCAGCCUGUGCAACCGAGUGCCGGCGCUGCCCAAGACGCGCUCGGGCAAGAUACCCAGGAAGACCAUCUCGGACCUGGCCCGCGGGAAGAGCGUCAAGAUCCCAGUCACAAUCGAGGACCCUUUGGUGUACAAGGCAAUCAAGGCAGCACUUUCUGAACUUGGAUAUGCAAAGGAUGCACCCGAUCCAAAAUGAAUAAAAAGUCUGCGUAGCUAAAUGUAAUAAAACCUUGCAUUAAAAAUAUAGAAAUUUUGAAGCCUGCUCAUUGCCCACUUGCAUCUAUGACGUACUAUGUAUUCUAUCAACAGACACAAUAACCCCAAAAUUAAGAACAUUUUUAUUGAGAGACAUCUCAAAACCUUUGUGUAAAUCCCAGUUCUAAUCUUUGCUAAGCACCCACCUUGCAGAAUACUGCAAAGCGCAUUCAAUAGAAGGCUGUACUUUGGGCGCAUGCACAUGCACAAAUAAUGCACAAAACCCAACAUUUUCCAAACCAGGUUUGGACAUCACCACACUAAAUAGUUACCAUUAACUCUUAAGGCAUACUCAAUGUACCUGAACAAUAUCAAGUAGAAAUGACAACAAUGUCUUCUAGCUACUAGAUGGAAAAAGAGGUCAAAGUUGGAGGGGUUAGUGUUGGUUGUUUUUGUACACUAGUGUGCGUGCCAUAAAGCCACCGGCACUUUUUUGAGUCAGGAGAUUCAAAAAAAAAAAAAAAAGUACACACAUUACCACAGUACAAUGCCACUUACACAAUUUAUACAAGCACACUGUUAAUCUAGAGCUUAAUUUUCAGCAAGGCCACACAGUGAUGGGCUUCAUUAAAAACACUUUAUUCAGAUGUCGUACAAAUUAAGCCAACGUUUUGAGCUCGGAAGCAUCACAUUUUGAUGCAGACUGCUACACCAAGGAAGCUUUCCUUGUUCCCUAAGUUGGCAAACACCAGUGACCAGCCAAUUGGUGUAUUCUGCUUGGUUGUCCCCACAAGUGGAUCAUGGCACCCCAGCCUCAUACUUGCAAGCCCCACGCGGCAGGGAAGGCUGAUCAAUCACUCACCUGCUUCGCCUCUCCCCCCCUUUCGUCCCACUCACCAUUAUCCCAACCUCACCAUGACUACAAUUUCACCAGACAGGAUUUUUAACAAGGCACAUGACGCUGUGCCGUGGAUAAAUGGCAAGCCAACUAGUGAAGCUGCACGAAAGCUGCAUUGUGCAGCUUUGGCCACCAGAGUCUCUUUACUGUUUUUACAUCCUUAAAAGAAUACAAGUGCAGGCACAAAGGAAAAAGAAUGUACGCACAAGUAUUAAGGUGGGCUUUUAAGCAAUCUCGCUGCACAACUUACUCUAUUUACACUUGAUCUCACAUGAUCAAAAAACACUUCCCAGCAGCACAAUGGUGUAACGAAAACUGUUGGUGCUGUCGCUGGUGGCACAACUGUGAAAACUGCACGUUAGUUCCUCGCUGAGACCACGAAGAGCAAGCCAGAAAAGUAGUCCUAAAAAUAAGGAAUACAUACGAGCCCCGAUGUGCCUGCACAAUAAUAAAAUUAAAACAUGCAGCACAGCUUUAAUUAACACGAUGUUCACAUGACGGCACACAACAGCUGAGCGAAUUCUGAAACAGAGAACACCUGCUCUACGCUUACAACUUCUUUAGCUGCAUGCAGUGGUAACUUUACGGCUCAGAGCAGCACAUUCACACGGCUACGCUGCCUUUCUAAAGGCACCGCCAAUACUCAAACCAACCACAGACCACCGCCACCUCAUUCACAGCCAGUGAGCAACCGCAAUGGAAGGUCACCUA